AUGGCGGCGGAGCUUUUAAAUGCUCAACCGACCAACUAUACCCCGUCCACCAGACCCUCUGGUGAACCUCUCAAUUCAGAACCAUUCGAAUCAUUAAUGAAACUUCUUGUUGCGGCUGCUGCUGCUGCCAACAAUCAUACUCAAAUCAACAAGAGAGCUCACUCCAUUUUUGCUACCGGGGUAGAGCGGCCAUGGCCAGGUGCCCGCCUCCCUUACAAAUAUGUUGACAUCGCUGCUAUGAACCCCUUUUUGUGA